UCCAAGAAAAGACAUAGGUACCAAUGCUAUGAAACUGGAAUGUGCAGAUUUGUUUAAGAAACCACAGUGGCAAUGUGGCUGGGGCAGUGUGUCUGGAAUCUAUUCCUUCUGGUGGAUUCGUGGUCUCGCUGACUUCAGGAGUGAAGCCGCAUACCCUCGCAAGACGGAGGCUCACUCUGCCACCCAGGCUGGAGUGCAGUGGCAAGAUCUCAGCUCACUGCAACCUCCGCCUCCUGGAUUCAAGCGAUUCUCCUGCCUCGGCCUCCUAAGUAGCUGGGAUUACAGACAUGUGCUGCCACACCUGGCUAAUUUUUGUAUUUUUAGUAGAGAUGGGGUUUCACCAUGUUGGUCACGCUGGUCUCGAACUCCUAACCUUGUGAUCCACCUGCCUCAGCCUCCCAAAGUGCUGGGAUUACAGGCGUGAGCCACUGUGCCUGGCCCAACACGGUUAUUUUUAAAGUGAUGAACUAGGUAAUGCUGGUUCUUUUAGUGACAGUAAUGAGUGUAAAUUGUGUGUCCUUCCUGCCUUCCAUUUUCUCACACCAUCAAUGAAUAUAGACUAUUAUUUACCCUGCCCUAUUAAAGUAAUCCAGCCAUUAAUUUCUGUACAAAUGAUACUGUGAAUUUGGAGACUAAAUCUAUUAUCUUUAUUAUCAGCAUAACAAUGUCCUCUACCUUUCUUUCAAUAAAAGUUGAUUUUUCAAG